CCAAAGUGCACUGUACAUCCUAGAGCAGUGUGAGUUGGGAUUCGACUCAGAUGCAUCUGCCUGUGCAGACAAAGUUUCUCUCACUGAUGACUGCUGCUGAGGGCCCAAGAGUGGUUCAGGCUAAGCUCUUACUCAUAGAGGAAAUCUGAUCUACAGCACGGAAACAUCAGCAGUGACCACGUCGAGACAAAUUCCUGAGGGAGCUGCUGGUUUUUACGCCAACUGUUCAUGAUAUGAUCCAGCUGUCUUCUAAGAAUCAACAACCCCCUUGUGAAUAAUGGUUAAAAACGGAUCUCGCCUGGAUAUUGAAACGCUGGCAAUGCUCCAGAAUAAAGCUAUUUCUGUCACCCUUCCAGUUGUGUAUACAAUGGUGGCUAUGAUCAGUAUCCCUGGCAAUUUGUUCUCCCUUUGGGUGCUCUGCUGGCACAUUAAACCCAAAACACCAUCUGUUAUCUUCAUGAUCAACCUAAGCAUCACGGAUCUCAUGCUGGCCAGCUGCUUUCCCUUCCAGAUUUCUUAUCACAUCCAAAGCAAUCACUGGAGCUUUGGCAAGACCCUUUGCAGCCUUGUGACUGUGAUGUUCUACUCCAACAUGUAUUCUUCCAUACUGACCAUGACUUGUAUCAGCAUUGAGCGGUAUAUGGGUGUGGUAUAUCCCAUGAAGCUGAUCAAGUGGAGAAGAAAAAGAUAUGCCUUUGCUGCCUGCCUGGGUAUGUGGAUUUUCUUGCUAAUAGCCUUUUACCCACUAGAAAGCACAGAUCUGACCUAUGAAGUAAAAGAACUGGGGAUAAUAACCUGUUUUGAUGUUCUCAAAUGGGAUAUGCUGCCCAACUUUGCAGCCUGGGUAGCCUUUCUCCUCACAUUAUUUGUCGUGCUUUUCCUGAUCCCUUUCAUUAUAACAGUUGGAUGCUAUAUUGGCAUAAUUCGGAAGCUUAUUCAGACAUCGAACAGGUAUGGCAACAGGCAGAAGACUAGAUCCAUAUAUCUAGCCGUUAUCGUCCUUCUGGUAUUCAUCACUUGCUUCGCCCCAAAUAACUUCAUCCUACUUGUGCAUAUGAUCAGCCGCCUAUUUUAUAGCAGGAGUUUGUACCCUGCCUACAAGCUCACCUUGUGCCUAAGUUGUCUCAACAACUGCAUAGAUCCAUUCAUUUAUUAUUUUGCAUCCAAAGAAUUUUACCAGAAGUUCAUGCAAGUGUUUCGUCCUAAGGUAUUGCUCAGUGACAGUCUGGAAACCAGAAGAGAAAGCUUAUUCUCUGGCAGGACCAUGUCAGCCAGGUCAAUGUCAAGUGGACCUAUGGAUGGAUUAGAGGGUGUAAAGGUCUGUUUGCAAAGGCAGGAAAGUGUUUUUUAGCCUUAAAUAUCCCAGAAGAAAGGCAUCUGUGAGAUCCACGAGCAGACACAGAAAACAUUUCUUUUUGAAUGGCUGCCUUCAAAAUGCCAUCCUCCAGUGACAAAACUCAAGCCAUACUUACAUUGUGCAUCCUACUUCAAUAUUUUCUGGUAAGAAAUAGGAACUGAAUUUAUUCAGAAAGGCACUGAAGCAAAUCCAAAACUGAUGAUUAGAGGUUGCCUUGGAAUUAGUCCUACAGCAUGCAAUCAAGGGACAAGUUUAGAACGGAAGUUAUUAUCACAUUGUAUAGCCUCAGUGAUUAACCAAAGGCUUGUGAUUCUCUGUGAAAGGGAAGUAUUGCUGUGUAAGAAUUACAGCACACACUGGGAUUGGAUUUGGGGUAGGGGAGUUAAUUUUCUAAGCAACGUGCUGAGGGUUUUUUUUUGGCUGGGUUUUUUUAAUGUGUUGCUUUCUCUGUUGUCGCAUUUCUAUAAAAGAACAGGUAAAAAUAGCUUGUCAUUUUACCAUCACUGUAUAGCCACUGUGAACUCACCACAACACUCACCCAACUGUUUAUCAGAACCAAACCACACCAACCAUUGAAAAGGUUUGACUCAUAUUACUUAUUUCAAUUUUAUAUAGUAAAAUGUCUCCUACAAUGAAAGCUAGAACUGAUAAUGUUUGAGACUGCUUCAGCUGCUGAACGGAUGACAUUUUAAUGUCUUGAAAUUAUCAAUUUCAGAGGACAGUAGGGAACAAUUUAUUUGAGAAAACAGAUUUUCUCACAUUACCCUACUAGAGUAACACUGAUGCUGCUUGUAUGUGAUUGGUAUCAAUAAUCCAGUUUCACCAGUUCACUACAGGCUAUAUGCAGAAGCACUGCUCCCCUCAGCAGAGAAUGCAACUUUACACUGUGCAUGGACAGUGAGUUUAUCUUUCUUAUGGCAAUGGUGUGGGUAAUUAACCAGAUUUUCAGCUGAUUAUAUGAAAAUUCAGCCACAGACUGGAGUGAUUCUGUAUCAGCAGAAACAGAUGAAAACCUGUCCCUAUAGUCAUAUAUCAGAAACAUUCUUUUAAGUGGGUAAACAGAAAAAAAAGAAAAAUUUGAAGUAAGGUUUGAGAAUGGGAGAUGUGCCAAAUACCCUGGGCAUAGGCUGCAGUGGGUUAAUUGUUCAUUCCUACAUUUGGGAUUCCUCUCUGAAAUAUCCUUCAUCUCAUUUGUAUAUACUGUGUCAUGUUUUAAUUCUCACAUCUCAACAACUGCCUGUGUCCCUGCAAAGACAACUGUUACAGAGUAUGUACUGGGCACAAAGGCAACGUUCUGAAAUCACCUCAUGUGUGCUAAAAGAAAGCAGCCCACUGAAUAUGUUCUUGUGUGUGUCUAGGGCUCUGAGCUCCUGUGUCAGCUCAUGCCCCCUAAUGCCUGCUUGCACCACGACCUCCAAAGAAAAAAUGACUGCUCUUCCUAAUCCACCAGACAGAAAUUCAGUUAGUUUACUUAGGUUUUGUAAAUCUGUGUGUUGGUAUAGCAGUCCAUGGUUCCACCUUGCUGCUCAAGUCCCUUCGCCAUCCACUUUAGCACAAUUCCAGCGUUCUCACUACCAAGCAUUUUGCUGUGGCAGAAACUUUUUUGAAGGUUAUGCUGAAUUUUUUUUUCUUAAUAAUUAGGUAUCUUUACAAUUAAAACCAUUACUCCUACUAUAUGUAAUGUAAUGCCAAUUUCUAUUCUCUUUUACCUUGAAUCUGAUCCUCAAAUACCUCCUAAAUUGUGUUGCGGUGUGCCUGAUCUGUAACUGACACCGAACAGAGCAAAAAGGGCAGAAAGUACACUUUAGACAAUUUCUACAUUCUGGAAAAUACUGAAUUGCUCCUUUUGCAAGAGCAAAAAGAUGCUCAAAACUGACUGGAAAUAUUCUCUACAACCUCAAAGAGCUCUUUAUAGGCAUUCAUCCCUCUCCUGACAGUCUAGAAAGGCAUAGGAAGGAUGCCUAACUCAGGUAUCUUCAUGUCAUUUUACUAACUAGCCUCUAGUUAACUCUAGUUAGGCCAUCCUUCCUUGAGAAAGGCAUUGAAAAAAUUAACCCAAACCCAGCAAUCUUCUGAGUCUAAAGUUUUGGAAGGUUUUUAUUUAGAGUGAAGUAGAAGAACUUAUUUCUAAAAGCAUCCCAAUGUACUGUUCUUUGACACUGGAAAUUUCCUUCUGGGGCAGCAUGAGGUAGCAAGGCUUCUACUCUCCUUGGUCACUAGGUGUGACUUAACGUACAUAUGUAUAUAAAUAAAUAAAUAAGUGUAGAUUGCCAUUUGAGAGGUUAUUGAGAAGGUCAUGGCUACAUUGCCUUUGCUGUGGUGAAUAUGGGUCCUGGGCAACAUGUUUACUUCAUUGCCUCUGUGGCUAAUGCAAUUUUCCUGAGAAGACAUGAAUGUACAGGCUGCUUUUUUUUUCU